AUGGCUGCCAUAUCACCGCCCAGCGUCAUGGAGGAGAAGGCCUUCACCAAGUCGACGCAGGAGCUUCUGAAGCACUUUGGUGUGACUGAGGAGCGAGGACUUUCCAGCAGCGACGUCGAGGCGAGGAGAGCGAAGUUUGGCAGGAAUGCCAUCCCCGAAGACCCUCCGACACCCUUGUGGGAACUCGUCCUCGAGCAAUUCAAAGACCAACUCGUCCUCAUCCUCCUCGGCUCCGCCGCGAUUUCGUUCGUCCUCGCGCUGUUCGAAGAAGAGGAAGGCUGGACGGCCUUCGUCGACCCCGUCGUCAUCCUCACGAUCCUCAUCCUCAACGCCGUCGUCGGCGUGAGCCAGGAAAGCUCCGCCGAAAAGGCCAUCGCCGCGCUGCAAGAGUACAGCGCCAACACGGCCAAGGUCGUCCGCGACGGACGCAUCCAGACCGUCAAGGCGGAAGAGUUGGUCCCCGGUGAUAUCGUCGAUGUGGCGGUGGGAAAUCAGGUCCCCGCGGAUUGCAGGCUGCUGAGUAUCAACAGCAAUAGCUUUCGCGUCGAUCAGAGUAUUUUGACGGGCGAGAGUGAGAGUGUGGGCAAGGAUACGCAGCCGGUGAAGGAUGAGCAGGCUGUGAAGCAGGAUCAGAUCAAUAUGCUGUUCUCCGGGACAACGGUCGUUACGGGACAUGCACACGCUGUGGUCGUGUUGACGGGGACGAACACCGCGAUUGGCGAUAUCCAUGAGAGCAUCACGGCGCAGAUCUCGCAGCCUACGCCGUUGAAGGAGAAGCUGAACGAUUUUGGGGACUUGCUCGCCAAGGUCAUCUCGGGCAUUUGCAUUCUGGUCUGGUUGAUCAACAUUGGGCAUUUCAGCGAUCCGUCGUUUGGCAACUCCUGGGUCAAGGGCGCGAUCUACUACCUCAAGAUCGCCGUCUCGCUCGGUGUCGCUGCGAUUCCGGAGGGUCUAGCGGUGGUCAUCACGACGUGCUUGGCGCUUGGAACGAGGACUAUGGCGAAGAAGAACGCGAUUGUGAGAAGCUUGCCUUCGGUGGAGACUCUUGGCAGCUGCAGUGUGAUCUGCUCGGACAAGACUGGAACUCUCACGACGAACCAGAUGAGCGUCAACCGGAUUGUGUACGUCAACGAAUCGCAGACUGGACUCGAGGAGCUGGAAGUCGAGGGCACGAACUUUGCGCCUGAGGGAUCCGUUACCAAGGGUGAGAAGGUCAUCAAUUGGCCUGCGGCGAGCUCCAAGACUGUUGCAGAGAUCAUCGAAGUCGCGGCGAUAUGUAACGACUCGGAAUUGGCGUACGACAGCCAGCAUGGAACUUUCAGCAAUAUCGGCGAGCCUACGGAGGGUGCGUUGAGGACUCUCGUGGAGAAGGUCGGUACUCCGGAUCAGUCUUACAACUCGCAAAAGGCUGGUCUGCAGCCUGAGCAACGACGAAAUCUCGCCAGCAAGUACUACGAGGAUAAGGCGCGCAAGCUGAGGACGUACGAGUUCUCGAGAGAUCGCAAGAGCAUGUCUGUGCUCGUCAACAGCGGCAACUCGGAGAGGCUCUUGGUCAAGGGCGCGCCUGAAUCUAUCCUCGAGCGCUGCACUCACUGUCUUGUGGGAAGUGAUGGCAAGCAGGUCAAGUUGAAUGAGAAGCUUACGUCUGUUUUGCAAAAGGAGGUUGUAGACUUUGGCAACAGCGGACUUCGUGUCAUCGCCCUCGCCAGCAUCAACAAUGUCUCGUCUCCGCUCACGAAGACUGCGAAAACGACCCAGGAGUACCACCAGAUCGAGCAGGGAAUGACUCUGCUUGGACUGGUCGGCAUGCUUGAUCCUCCUCGCCCUGAGGUUGCUGAGAGCAUUGCCAAGUGCCGAUCGGCUGGCAUUCGCGUGGUUGUCAUCACCGGUGACAAUCAGAAUACUGCGGAGACAAUCUGCAGACAGAUUGGCGUCUUUGGCGAGCAUGAGGAUAUCAAGGGCAAGAGCUUUACGGGACGACAAUUCGAUGAGCUCAGCGAGGAAGACAAGCUCAGAGCUGCGAAGACGGCAUCACUCUUCUCUCGAACGGAACCUGGCCACAAGUCAAAACUUGUCGAUCUUCUCCAAUCCGCUGGCGAGGUCGUGGCCAUGACUGGAGACGGCGUCAACGAUGCACCCGCGCUCAAGAAGAGUGAUAUCGGUGUUGCCAUGGGCACGGGUACUGACGUCGCCAAGCUCGCCGCCGACAUGGUCCUCGCCGACGACAACUUCGCCACGAUCGAAGUGGCCGUCGAAGAAGGUCGCAGCAUCUACAACAACACGCAGCAAUUCAUCCGGUACCUCAUCUCGUCCAACAUCGGCGAAGUCGUCUCGAUCUUCCUCACGGCUGCUCUGGGCAUGCCGGAGGCGCUGAUCCCGGUUCAGCUCCUUUGGGUUAACCUGGUCACUGACGGUCUCCCUGCCACUGCGCUCAGCUUCAAUCCCAAGGAUCACGACGUGAUGAAGCGACCGCCGAGGAAGAGGGACGAGCCGCUUGUGGGUGGCUGGUUGUUCUUCCGGUACAUGGUCAUUGGCACGUACGUCGGCCUCGCUACGGUGGGAGGAUAUGCGUGGUAUUUCAUGUUCUACGAGGGUGGGCCUCAGAUCACCUUCUGGCAACUGACGCACUUCCACCGCUGCAGCACCGCCUUCCCGGAAAUCUCCUGCCAAAUCUUCUCGGGAACCCCCGCCAAAACCGCCAGCACCAUCUCCCUCUCCAUCCUCGUCGUCAUCGAAAUGCUCAACGCCAUGAACGCCCUCUCCUCCUCCGAAUCCCUCCUCACCCUCCCCCUCUGGAACAACAUGGUCCUCGUCUACGCCAUCACGCUCUCCAUGCUCCUGCACUUCAUCCUCCUCUACACGCCGCUCCUGCAGGGGAUCUUCGGCAUCGUGCCGCUGGGCUGGGAUGAGUGGUGGAUUGUGGGCGUGUGGAGCGCCCCGAUUAUUCUGAUUGAUGAGGGGUUGAAGUUUGUGGAGCGCGGGUGGUUUAUGGAGACACUGGAUCGGAGGGGGGAGAAGGUGGUGGGGCGGAGUAAGAUGGAGUAA